GGUACCCCUUUUUAUAUACCUCUUCCUCUCCGUUCUCGCAUUCAUUCAUUCAUACAUUUUUACUCUUUAUAUAGCCUUCGGCUUCUCUUUCUCUCUUUCUCGAUUCGAUCUUUGGAAAAGGGUUUUGAAUUCGAAAUCUUUGGAUCUGGGAACAAGGCGAUCGGUGAGAUUCUGGUGGAAUUCGCGGGAAUAAUCUCGGGAUCGGAUGGCGAUCUCGAAUCCCGAAGCUGAGACGGCGAAAGAGAGGCGGCGGAAGCGAGGAUCGGCGUUGGAACAAACCCAAGCAUCAUCAUCGCAAUGGAGGACUGAAACCGAGCAGAAGAUAUACUCCUCCAAGCUUCUCGAAGCCCUUCGCCGGCUCCGCCACCCAGAAUCUCCCUCUCCAUCUCCAUCUCCGCCGAAGAGCCGCGCGGUGCGCGAGGCCGCGGAUCGAGCCCUAGCCGUCGCCGCUCGAGGUCGGACGCGUUGGAGUCGUGCCAUUCUCUCUAGCCGCGCGAUCCUUCUUAAAGCCCGGAAACGCCGGUCCAGAGACCCGACCCGGUCGAAGCGAACCGGAUCGGGAACUGGACCGACCGGUUCGGUUCACAAAACCCCGGUUCUUCAAAGCAAGGCGAAGGUUCUAGGCCGUCUAGUCCCUGGUUGCCGCAAACUCUCCUUCUCGAACCUUCUAGAAGAAGCCUCCGACUACAUCGCCGCCUUAGAGAUGCAAGUCCGAGCCAUGAGCGCGCUCACCCAGAUCCUCACAGGUGUCGGUUCCGGCUCCGGCUCCGGCUCCGGCUCAGCCGCCGGCGCGAUACUCGAGGUCCACGAUGACCACUAGAUUACAUCUCUUUCUCUCUCAUUUUCUAUUUUGGAAAAAAAAUUCUUGUAUUUUAUUGUAAAAAUUUUUCUCAGUCUGUGUCUUUCGUUUGUCCAAAUCAUGUGUUGAGAUUCGUUACGGGCAGUUGAUAGUUCAAGAUGAGCGAAUCCUGGCCGUAGAUAGGAAGAAGAAUAGUAGAUUGGGAAUUUAGGAGUAUUUCAUUAUUAUUUUUAUUAUUAUUAUUAUUAUUAUUAUUA